AUGACUGAAACCCAACCUAAGCCUAGUGCUGCGAACAAAGACCUGCUUUGGAACAGGGCCGAUGUAGGAACAACUCCGCAACCAGCACGAGAUUUGCUAGAGAAGUACAGCGGUAUACGUCCGAAUCGCCUAAUAGAUCAUGUCAGAGAAAAGUUGGGUAUCCACCUCACUCCCCUCUAUCCAUCAAUCGUAACGCACAUCAAAGAUGACGAGAAGCUUUUGGAUCUGGGUUGA